UAUCAAUCCAGACUAUGACAAAUGGCCGGUGUGCCGCAAAAGACUCUGAGCUGGCUCUAUGAUGUCUUGAAACGUGAAUACCGAGACCCAAAUCGAACCUACUCCGACCUCGCCUAUGUGCUGUCCCGCAACCAUGGGUUCGCACCUCGAACCGAUGUCUACACGUUUGAAAACGGAGUAUCGGCGCUCCUAGUACAUUUCAAAGGGACGAUACCCGUCAACUUUCGAGGAAAUGUCUACCGGUUUCCCAUCUCGUUAUGGGUUCCUCAUACAUAUCCACACGAGCCACCCAUGUGUUAUGUGACGCCGACGGAUGAUAUGGUCAUACGGCCCGGGCAAUAUGUCGGUGGAGAUGGGAAGGUGUAUCAUCCAUACCUGGCACAUUGGAGAGAGGCCUGGGAAAGAUCUAACCUUGUCGACUUCCUUUCCAUACUGGCUGAUGUUUUUGCGAAAGAGCCGCCUGUUGUCGCCAAGGGUCAGCUACAACAACAACGACCAGCUCAGCCUACGCCACCUCCUGUGCCACCUCUUCCAAGGGAGCUCGCACAGCAUCCGUCAACCGUGUCCGUGUCGAGUCCACCACCACCGGCACAACAACAACACCAGGGCGGACCUCCGCCGCCGCCGCCAAAACCAGUCACUCACCCCGGAUCACCAUCACCAUCAGGAGGCCCUGGUCAACGACUAAGCCGAUAUGAUGCGCUCCCACCACUACCUCCGCACCAACAGAAGCCCCCUGGCCAAAGACCUCAGUAUCCCUAUGGGAAUGGUGACAUGCCUAGAUCUCCGACUAGUACGAACUAUAUGCCUCAGAGAACUAGUAGUCUUAGACAAUCGAUACUUCCACAGCAACAGCAGCAGCAGCAGUCUCAGUACAGACCUCAGCCUCCCAGACCCGCGGAAGGCCAGGAAUACGCUCAACAGCAGGGGCCAAUGGGUCCCUACCCAGGACAGCCCUACGACCCCCGAUCUCAGCCAAACCAACAUUUCCCACAACAAGACCACAGUCAAUACCCUGGCGGCCAGCAAUAUCCUCCAGGACAGGGAGGACCACCGCCACGGCAGCCACAACCUCACCCUCAAUACCAGGUUCAACCUCACCUGCCACACCAUCAUCAACAACAACCACUACAACCACAACCGCCUCCCUCACACCCGAAACCCGCACCUCCUCCUGACCUUCUCGACUCUCCCUUUGAAAUCUCCCUCCCUUCGGCCACAAAUACUGCAUCUCAUCACCCCGAUUCCUCCAUCCCGGCCCCUCCUAUUCCCGUCAAUCCGGAGAAGGAAGCCCUCUUGACCCACCUCUCCCACACGCUCACUCAAUCCCUGCACUCUCAAAUCACCCAGUCCACGAGCGCGCUGCCGGCGUUGCAAUCCCAAAACGCGGCGCUCCAAUCGACCUUGUCGGCACUAUCCGCGGAGCUCAACAACCUCCAGACCUUGCACUCGACCUUGUCGUCUAAUUUAUCGUUGCUGUCCACGUCGCUGUCAAAAUCCGACGGAGUCAUCUCUUCGGCCCGUCAGCGCGCGAGCCAGAACGACAUCCCCGCCGUCGACGACAUGUUGGUCCCUCCGACCGUCGUGGCCCGCCAGUUGUACGACGCCGCGUGCGAGGAGAGGGGCAUCGAGGACGCGAUUUUGGCUUUGCAGGAGGGCUUCGUCCGGGGUCGAGUGGGGCCGGACGUCUGGUCACGAAAGACGAGGGAACUCGCGAGAGAAGGCUUCAGGAGGAGGUGGAUGGAGAGGAAGGUCGCGAGGGGCAUGGGUUUGGACCUGAGUCAUUACGGGUCGUCUUGAGAGAACUAGCCUUGCUCUUGCCUUUCUUGCUCCCGUACAUCGUCUGGCUUGCGGGUUCAUUGGAGGGUAACCUCGGGAUGGAACCACGGCGGCGGCGGCGGCGGCGGUGGUGGUAUAUUCCGAUGGUACUAGGUAGCCUCUAACUGGUAUUUGAAUCCAAGGUACUUACCAGGUCAACUUACUUCAUGCUGGAUACGAUACAACACAACAAGUCACAUCAACCAUCAAUCUCCAGCUACCGUGUUCAGUGUCAUGUUCAAUUUUCAUUUGUGAAGUUUUUGUUGUUUUUGUUGUUUUUGUAUUUUUGUAUUCUCGUAUUUCUUAUACUUUUUCUACCUUUUUUUGGUCUCACUUGGACUUUUUUGACAUGUA